CACAGUUGUUUUUAGAAGAUGAGAAAAAUCCCCUGUGGCUUUCCGUAGCUUACGAAAGCGAAGGUUAGUUAGCUUGCGUGCUUAUGUCAGAAGUCGGCGUGCUGACACAGGACAACUUAAAUUACCUGCUUGUGUUAUCCCUUUUAAAAUAAAAGGAUCCUCAUUAUGGUGUCUGGAAAGCGGCUGGCUGACAUCAGCUAUCGGGCGUUUUCCGGCUCGAUGAUGCUGUUGACGAUGUACGGCAGUUACCUGUGUGUGAUGCGAGGGUACCGCUUCAUGCAGAAGCAAAAACAGCUGAAAGUGGCAGCAGAAAACCAGGAUGAAGUCCUCAAAGAGUGACGUGAGAUGGACUAUUCUUGUUUUUGAACAGAUGUGGACAUUUCCCAUUCCUCCCUUUUUGUUUUGUCCGUUUCUAAAUCAUGAAGAUGUUCAUUCUUCUCAGGACAUUCAAGUGAUUUUAUUGUGAGGGUAUUGUGCACUCACAAGGAAGAUGUUGUUUAUUAAAACUUCACCAAGCAAAUGAACCAAGAACAUAUUACUUGCAUCAAUGACCUGUAUAAAAUCCAUGUUGUGAGUGAAGAUGGCUGUAAUCGUUUGUAUUAUAUUAUAUUAAAUGCUUAAAACAAA